AUGAAGACACUCAUGUCUUCACUGAGUAUGAGCUCGGUGUCUCAUACUCUCCUAAUACGGAAGACGGAUCCGUAUCGACGGCGAUCGAAUCCAAGCCGCCUGCCAAGCGUGGCAUGGAUGAUGCUACGCGUCGUAGCAUCUUUGGUUCAUCUGAUGAAUCAGAUGAACCAUCGCCGAAGCGAAGGCGCUCGUGGUCGCGAGACUCGGGCGCUCACAGUGGGUGUCGGUUCUCCUCUUGACACCACUUCGCAGCGAGGUACCAGUACUUCUGUCGGCACGUCGCAGGAAGAGCGGGACCGCAGUAUGUUGCGUCUCGCUCCUGAGAAGAAGGCAUGGAUGCCUCCUAAAUCUGUCAUGGAUCACUUGUCGGCGACGACGAGUGAUCGUUAUCGAACACGAUUGUUCGAUUCUUCAAGGAUCCAUCACCUUGACCCCAGCGCGAAGAACUAUCGCGCUGAGAAUGAAUUCUUCAUCGAUGCUUUCUUUAGGCAUCGAUGGUACAGUGGGAAUCACAAGCGUGAUGGUCCCUCCCUGCUUCAGGCGUGGAACGCCUACAUCCAUAACCUUGAGGAUGUAGGUCGUGACGUUUGGAACGACAAACUUAUCAAAGCUCGUGAUAAGUUUGAAAAGCGAACCCCGACAGGUGCACGCUAUAAGCUGCAUCGUCUGUCAAAGGAGGGUGGGUUAAUUUGUCUUUACUGGGGAGACCCGUGCCCAUGUUGUGUGAACAACUCUGCACGAGCACCUAAAAUGGCUUACCUCCUUACUAGCCCGUGGUGGCGCGUACGUAUCUCUAGUGAGAUGUACGAAGGGAUUGACAACCUGAAAUCCCUUUACGACCGUGCCGGGGAGACUUUCUCCGGUGGUCCUUCUGCGGCACAGGAUGUGCCGCGUCGUAAUGCUCAACCAGACCCAGUACGUCGAUCAUCAGUUGGGAGCGGGGCUCCUAAGUUUUCCAGGACGGGGGAUAACCGCGCCACCGGACGAGAUAACUCGUCCGACAGUCCUCCAAAGGAGGUGGAGGAGGAUGGAAAACGCUCUCCACACAAUCGUGGGGGAGUGUGUGUCCCCGAGAGCCUCUUUGAUCGCGUAACGCAAGGGUUACGCAACGAUCUCGAACAUGAGCGGAAUAGGCGUCUCCAAAUGGCGGACACUGCCUCGAAGCAUCGAGCUGAGUUUGCCUUUGCUCAGCUCGAGGACGAGAGAUCUCUGACAUCUCUUCGUGACGAGCUAAGGGUAGCUCGUGGGAUUGUUGAUCGGUCUCGGGCUGAGAUAACUGCUCUUCAGACCCUUGUUGAUGCCCACCAUCGGGAGCACAAGGCUCUCUGCGAGAUGCUUGAGCGCAAGGGCGUUCUUCAUCGGAAGAAGCAGCGUACUGAUGGUACGGCUUAA